CGUCAGCAGUGCCACAUCAGCCACAGUGCCACGUCAGCAGUGCCACGUCAGCCACAGUGCCACGUCAGCCACAGUGCCCCGUCAGCCACAGUGCCACGUCAACAGUGCCACGUCAGCACUGCCCCGCCACCAUGACGGGGUCAGUUCUGGGCAUGCCAGGCCAACUGGCAAAUGAGUACAUUGCCGAGUACCGACAGCGUUUCGAAACUCAGCUCGCACUAAUCGCGCCUGAGGAACAGCGCCAGCUGGCAGCCGAGGCUCUCCGCCUACAGGCUGAAGCGGCGGCAACAGCUGAGAAGCAGCGGCUUCAGGCCGAGGCUGAAGCAGAUACCCAGGCACGCCGCAAGGAGGCCCAGGAUCUGCUACAGCGGCAUGAAACCUCCAGCAUCGAAAGGCUCAAGUAUUGGGACUUUGAACCAUCCGAGGAGCACGACGACGUGACACCGGAGGAACAACACAGGGAAUUCAUGGCCAAACUCGUGACUCGGUUGGUCUACACUUGUAACCACCUGCAGUCCGAGCUGGCGAAUAUGCACCGGGCCAUGCGGAACCACAAGGCUCAGCAAGAGGAUGCAGCACGGGCACUUGACUCCCGUGUGCAGGACUUGGAGCAAGCUGCACCAAGACUGGAGGCUGGCGAGUCCAGCAAUGCACCCUCUGCCCGCCAACUGGAGCGACGAGUCGACCACGUCGUCGCAAUGCUCGGCGACAUCAGCACCUUCGCUGCGCCAACCACCAUCAGCAAACAGCUGGAUUCCUUGAAGACCGAGGUUCAGCAACUGCAGCUGCCUAACAAGGAUGGCAACAGCACAACGCAUUAUAAGAUGCCGACAUUCCAAAUUGAGAAGUUCGAUGACUACAAGCAUCAAGACCCGGUCCUCUGGUGGGAAGGUUUUACGACGCAACUUCGGAUUCUGUUCGUCGCCAAGCACGCGUACAUCGGCGCCCUGUUUCUCAACUCAAAGGGCGGAUGCCAGAUCUGGUUAAGCCACCUGGCAUCCAUCCACGACGUCGACGUCGCAGAUCUGAAAGAUAAGAUUUCAUGGGAAGAGCUAACACGGCUAUGGAAGAAGCGGUUCAUCGUGGACGACGCACCUGCACUCGCCAUCAACCAUCUCUUCGGCAUGACGCAAGGCAACACAGCAACACGUGACUGGAUCACGGAAUGGCAGAAGAUCGCGGCAACGCCCGAUCUCGACUUGCCAUUUUCGCAUCUACGCCGCGAGUUCUACAACAGGUCAUGUGCUGCAUUGAGCCUUGCACUUGGUGAUCGCGAGCAAUAUGCAACCUUCGCUGAAAUCAUUGACAAGGCGAGGGAGAUCAUCAAGACCAACAGGGCGGCUGCACACGAGAAGUCAACAUGGCAGCCAACCUAUGUGGAGAAGGUGAGAACUGGUCCGCGACCGCAGCAUGUCGCUGCAGUCCAAUCGGACAACAUUGUGGAAGACCCGGCAGCCACCCAAGCGUCACGUGAGGGUGAUCAGGUGGCUGUUGUCCAGCCGCGAAGCAACAACAAGUCCCGAGGAAACGGGAAGGCGAAAAUCGCAUCGCCGGCCGGAAACGGACAGCCAGCACCAUGGGUCAAGUUUAACUUGACCAAGGCCGAGUACAAGUACCGCGGCCGUUACGGUUGCUGCUAUUGGUGCAACAACACCAAGCACAAGACCUCCCAAUUCCCUGAUCAAGGCAAGGAGGAUGUUCGGCCUCGUAUUAACUCGGGAAACUGAGUUGCACAGGAGGUAAGGCGACUCCACCUCUC